AUAUACUUGUUUGUACACAGAUCGAAGAUGAACAAAUCUCCCACGGAGAAGGAGGAGUUAUUUUGGGACACCGCCGAGAUUCACGAGAUAGAUGGCUUCUGGUACUACGCUGAGCGCAAUGGAACCCAUGGCGGCCUUCAGGUCGCAAUUCGAGUGCCGAAACGACGACGUCUUUCUGGCAUCCUUUCCCAAAACGGGCACGACGUGGCUCAAGGCGCUCUGCCACACCAUCCUUCACCGCCACGACCAAGAAGAGGAAGAAGACAUCUUGACGAAGAAGAACCCGCACCAAGUGGUCCCCACGCUCUGGAGUUUUCUUUCUUGCUCGGCCGCGUCCAGCACCUGCUGCUCAGUCCUCGUCGCCGAUUGAUGCACACUCAUUUGCCCUACAGUUACUUGCCGGAGGAGGUGACGAGGAGCCCGGCGGCGGCGGCGGGAUGCAGGAAGCUGGUGUAUCUGGCUCGGAACCCUAAGGACACUGUGGUCUCCAUGUGGCAUUUCUACAACCAGGUCCAUAAAGGCUCAGCUGGCCCGCUCUCGGUAGAGAGAGCGGUGGAGAGCUUCUGCAGCGGGGUCAUGCCUUGGGGCCCGUUUUACGAACACGUGCUGGGAUACUGGGAAGAAAGUAAGAAGCGGCCCGAUGAGGUGUUGUUUCUCAAGUACGAGGAGCUGUGCGGAGAGCCGAAGGAGCAGGUGAGGAAGUUGGCUUCCUUUCUGGGGAGGUCAUUUCCCUCGACGACGGAUGGAUCAGGUGGUGGUGAUGAUGACGAGGUGGAGAAGGUGUUGUGGCGAAGCAGUUUCGGUCGGCUCAAGGAGCUGGAAGUUAACAAGUAUGGUGCGGUCGGGGAGCAAGGUCUGCACCUAUCCCAUACCAUCUACUUUAGGAAGGGAACUGUGGGGGAUUGGAAGAACUACUUGACAUCAGACAUGGCUCGGUGUAUCGACCAAGUCACACAAAAUAAGUUGCUGGGGACUGGACUUUCUCUUGACGAUUUCUUAUUCUCGUUUUAGUUUUAAUGGUUACAUCUUACUUGAGGGAUUCGAAUUUGCUAAUCUCUGAUUUGGUG